GUUAGCAUGGUCUACGAAUGGAGACAAGUCAAGCAGGAAUCUAGGAUUGAAAAGAGACAAAAUAUUAAAAGAAUAUUUGCAAGGAUUUCUUCAGCCACAGAUUAAACCCAGCUUUACAUUUGGAAUAAUUAAUGUACAUACCACUGAAAUGAAUCAUGGGCCAGUAACUCAGUGGCCCAUCCUCUCUGUGCUUUAGGCAGGCUGUUGUUUUUUAAACCUUACAUGAUGAUUUUUCAUUUCUUCCCCUUGCCUUACUGAAAAAUAAAACAUUACAGAUGUUUCUAAAGCCACAAUAAAACUAUUCCAGGGAUUUAAGGCAGAGUGAGAGAGGUCUGUUCAUGAUGUCACAAGUGGCAGCCAAUCAUCAAUCAUCAUCAUCAUCAUCAUCAUCAUCAUAAUCCACAAUUGGUUCCUGCUGCAAACUUGUAGAACCUUUUUUUCUGAACUCAACCCAAGAGAAGUAAAGGGUCCUUCAUGCUAUCUGAAGUAUCUGUCAAGUAUUUGAGAGUGCAUCAGUAAAACAAAGACUCACUCAAACCCACCCUUCCCAAACUUCCAUCUCAAAAGUGUAUAUCAGAUUUCCACUUAAGUAUGAAACCACCAGUGUAGAAGCACUAUAUAAAUUAGACAAUCUGAAACCCAUCUUAUACUUCACAGUGCCACAGAAGGCUGGUCACAAAUGGGGUGGUUGUGCCAGUUGCUUCAGGUGGUAGCAGUGGUAACUGUUUUUUGCCUGCCAUGUCUUGGGGAGGACAGAUGUGCAGGAACUCCAGGAAUCCCAGGUACCCCAGGAGCUAAUGGAUUGCCUGGAAGAGAUGGAAGGGAUGGCAUGAAAGGAAAUCCAGGACCCCCAGGUCCUACGGGGCCCCCUAAUGGCCUGCCAGGUGCUCCUGGGAGAGAUGGACUGCCAGGUCCAGAAGGGCAGAGAGGUGAACCAGGAGAGAAGGGAGAGAAGGGGGAGCCUGGACCAGAAGGCCGUCCUGCUUCUUUUGAUCCUGAAGUACAGAAAGUCCUCAGAAGUCUGGUACAAAGAAUCAUGAGGCUUGAAGGAGUCCUUGCUUUGAAAGGAGUGAUAAAUAAGGCAGGAGACAAAAUAUUUGCUACCAAUGCAAAGGAAGUUAAUUUUGAAACCACGGUCCAAACGUGCCAGCAUUUUGGGGGUUCCAUUGCACAGCCCAUGAAUGAAGAAGAGAAUAAAGCUAUUCUUGAAAUUGUGAAAGAGAAAAACCGAUAUGCCUACCUGGGAAUUAAUGAGAGCCCUCUUCCAGGAGAAUUCCAGUAUUUGGACGGGACGCCUGUGAAUUAUACUAACUGGCGUCAAUAUGAACCAAAUGGUAAUGGAGCAGAAAACUGUGUGGAGAUGUUCACUGAUGGAGGCUGGAAUGACAAAAAAUGCAACCAGUAUCGUCUCACCAUCUGUGAAUUUUAAACACAUUUCUCCAUCUACACUAUACAAACCAAAGCAGAUUAACUAUCUUGUCUUCUGAGAACUGUAGUUCUGUAAGGGUACUCAAUAUGUUUCAUCAGAUAUGUCUCAACACUCAGAAUAGCACAAUUCCCAAGAUUCCUUGUGGGAAGCCAUGACAAUUAAACUGUGACAAAGCCGGUUUUAAAGUAAUAAUGUAAGCUUGAUAAAAUCUGUUUAUUUUUUCUUCUCAUGUAAUGUAAUAAACAGAUGAUUUAGUUUGGCUUA